AUGGCACUAGAAACCGCCGCUGCUGUUAUCGGUAUUCUCGCAGUAGCGGGAAAGGUCGCCGAAAUCCUAGGACCUGUCGUCUCAGCCUUCCGCGACGUCACAAAGCAUACCGCAGCCGUACUCUCCGAAGUCAACAACUCGCGCACAAUCCUUUCGGCUUUGCAAAAAUAUCUCAGUGGGCUAAGCAACAGUUCAAUAGUGCGCGCAGAGUUGAUACAGGUUGAUCAAUUGAUUGCUGCGCUGGCCGAUGGAUCCUUACCACCUGGUACCACACGAGCAAGGAUGGAUCAACGACUGAGUGCAGAUAGCGCCAUAUCCAUGUUGGUCUUUGACAAUGCUUCCAAAACAUCCCUCGACUGCAUCUCGAACUACUGUCGAGACGUACUGAUGAGCGACAAGUGGAAACAUGCUCGGACGCUUAUAGUUGUCUUUCACAAUGCAAAUAAAUCCACGAACGACGUCGCCCAGGGAGGUAAACGCCUCGCUCACAAUAUCGGAGCCCAAUUUCCGGAACGCUAUUCGGACGAUGUUGAGUCUCUUCAAUCAGCCAUUGACAGCCUUGUAAGCAGAUACUGGGCUUCCGUGCAAGCGGAAACCAACGAGUUUCGUCACCUGACACUAGGAGGCAACCCAGCCUACACGAUACCUUUCCGCAGUCUCUCAGACUUCUCAAAGUAUAGAUCGAUGUCGGAAGUUCUUGAAGAUGAACCUCUGCUAUUUGAAAAUCGGAGCAGUACUUCUGACAGAAUAGCGCCCGGUUUGCCACCAGUGGUUGAGGAGGGUGCACAAAUUUCUCAUCCUAUUUUGCUUCCUGCAUCGGCCUAUGUACCGCAAUACCACGGUAUGAAUCUUAUCUGGGUCUCAUUUGCUUCUUUACUUUUCGCGCCUCCAAUUACUUCAAAACUAGCAGAUGAAACUACAAUCCUUACUGUCAAUAGCGGGCUGCUAAGGAAGCUAUGA